GACGCUUAUAACGACGACAACUAGCACUCGACAACAACGACAGAGAUCUCUAGCGGUCUGAGAUCCACAGCUGCUUGGGCUUGUUUAGCGGAUUCAGACAGACACCGACGAGAAGAAGAGAGAAGGAUGACGACUGCCAACCCAUUCGCCCGCAGCGCUGUCUUUGAGACGAGUCUUGCCUCUGCCCGGGAGCAGACUAUUGAAGAAAUGUACAGCGUCCCAGAAAGCUUCCUCGAAAUCGAGGUCCGAAACCCCCAGACGCACGGAUUUGGACGAAAGAUGUAUACGGACUAUGAGAUCGUGUGCAAGACCAACAUCCCCGCCUUCAAACUCCGUCACUCCGUCGUGCGCCGGCGUUACUCCGACUUUGAAGCCUUCCGCGACAUCCUCGAGCACGAAUCCACACGCGUCAACAUCCCCACCCUCCCCGGCAAAGUCUUCACCAACCGCUUCUCCGAUGAGGUCAUUGAAGCACGAAGGGAGGGCCUCGAGAGGUUUUUGAGUAUAGUUGCGGGCCAUCCGUUGCUUCAGACAGGAAGCAAAGUCCUCUGCGCAUUCUUACAAGAUCCAGCAUGGGAUCGUUCUCAGUGGGUUUAAUCCCACCCCACCGCGGCGGUUCGAUCGGGAUGAAGGACGCGGAGCGGGGACGAGGACGAGGAGUGCGGUGAUGGGGGCCGAGACUGAGAGGACGGCGGAAAGGACGAGGGGGGUGGAAGUGGUGGCGAGCACGAUGGGGGAGAGCGAGACGACGAAUACAAGCGCG